GGCGUGGCUUGCUAAAGAUUUACGAUUCAGCCAUCCUGAAAUGCAUGUUCUUGCUGCGACCACGUUGACAAACACAAGCCACUCUCCAGAAUGGACAGGGUCGAUUUGGGCUUGACACAGUGCGAGCGCCCACCCCGCUCGGCUGAGAACGCAGCCGCCACUGAUGGAGAUGUGGGUGAAAGUGACGAGAAUGUGGAGCGAGGUAACUGGUCCUCGAAGACCGACUACCUGCUCUCAGUGAUCGGCUGUGCGGUGGGUCUGGGCAACGUCUGGAGAUUCCCUUACGUGGCGUACAGGAACGGAGGAGGUGCGUUUCUUAUUCCUUAUGGAGUCAUGUUGGCACUUGCGGGAAUGCCCAUGUUUUUCUUAGAUUCUUCCUUUGGGCAGUUUGCCAGCAUGGGACCUGUUGGAGUGUGGAAAGCCGUGCCAAUUCUACAAGGCGUGGGGAUCACCAUGAUCCUUUGUGGGGCAAUUGGUGACAUUUACUACAGCUGCAUCAUCGCCUACAGCCUAUAUUACCUGUUUGCAUCCUUCCAAUCCCCCCUGCCGUGGUCAGACUGCUUCAGCUGGUGGGGUGCAGAUGAAACCUGCAGUCGGACACCCAGAGAUCCCCUCUGCAACCUCACGCUGGACGGCGAGUAUUCUGGGAUCGUUAAUACAACUUGGCUGCAGGCAAACAACAAAACCUGUUCCAAUGGAUCAGUAAUCCAUGUUCCUCACCAGGGUCCAAGCGAACAAUACUGGGAUAAGGGGGUUCUACAUCGGUCAACGUCAAUAGAUGAGAUGGGAGAGAUUGUUUGGAUCCUGGCUCUCUGUCUACUUCUAGUCUGGUUCAUCAUCGGGGCCGCUCUGUCUCGAGGAAUCAAAUCUUCAGGAAAGGUGGUUUAUUUCACUGCAACAUUCCCGUACGUGGUUCUGACUGUACUUCUGAUCCGAGGACUGACCCUGGAGGGAGCCCGGAAAGGGAUUGAAUUCUACAUUGGUAGUCAGUCGGACUUCUCAAAGCUGGCUGAUGCUGAGGUCUGGAAAGAUGCAGCAACACAGAUUAUUUAUUCGCUUGCACUGGGUACCGGCAGUCUAAUAACCCUAUCAUCCUACAACAAAUUCCACAACAACUGUUACAGAGACGCCAUCAUUGUCUGUGUGGUGAACGGUGCCACGAGUGUGUUUGCUGGAUUUGUCAUCUUCUCCGUCCUGGGACACAUUGCUCACGUACAAGACAAGCUUGUUUCAGAGGUCGCUCAGUCAGGUUUUGGUUUGGUUUUCAUUGCCUACCCAGAGGCUCUUGCACAGCUGCCGUGGGCUCCUCUAUGGUCCGUUUUAUUUUUCUUCAUGCUGAUCACGCUGGGACUCGACAGUCAGUUUGCCACUGUGGAAACAAACAUAACAAUUCUGCUGGACCUGUUCCCUUCAUUUCUUCGGACAAAACGCCUUUAUUUGACGAUAGCCAUUUGUUUGUCAUUCUAUCUCCUUGGCCUUGUAUAUGUAACACAGGCUGGGAUUUACUGGAUCAACUUACUUGAUCAUUUCUGUGCCGGGUGGAUUCUCAUUACAGUGGCACUUCUGGAACUCAUCGGCCUGGGCUGGAUCUAUGGGGUGAACAGAUUCAUCAGGGACAUUGAGACGAUGAUUGGGGAGAAGGAUUGGAUGUUCCGGCUGUGGUGGAGAGUGUGCUGGUGUUUUAUCUCACCCUGCUUGUUGGUGGUGGUCUUGGUCUGGUCUUUGGUCACAUUCACCCCACCAACGUACGGACUCAUCGAGUACCCCACCUGGGCAAUAGCUCUCGGUUGGUGUACGAUCAUCUUCAGCAUUAUGUGGAUCCCCAUCAUUGCCAUUGUGAAAGUUGCACAAGCUGAGGGCUCCACAUUGUACCAGAAGAUUUCUGCUGCUUGUGUGUCAGCUCCUGAUUGGGGUCCAUACUUGGAACAGCACAGAGUGGAAAGAUACAGAAAUAAGUCAGAUUUUGCAGAAGCUCUAACAGUGUGAUACCUCUUGCUGCAUUUGAGACAUGAACAUUUAAGGCAAAUUUUCUGUUUGCAUUGAUCAUGAAAUUCACAUCAUAAAUUCUUUAUUUUUUUAAUUUAUUUUUGUUAGAAGUAAGUACAAUAAUGUGGUACCAUAGUACCUAAUACUUAUUGCGAUAUUACAUUUCAUAUACAACUUCUUAUUUUUAAUUUAAUAAUAAAACAAGGGUAAGGAAGAAAAUAAUAGAAAAGGAGAGAUUGACAGAGUGGUGCGUGAAAUAGUAAGAUAGCCCGAAAGAAGAAAGACGUAAAAAGAAAGAAGAAGAAGAAGAAGUAAAAAGAGAAAGAGAAAGAGACGAAGUAGAGAAAAAAAAGGAGAUUGUAAGCGAUAUACCUAUUUAAUGUUCCUGGCUACCCGUCACCUGAUUCUGAAACAUUUUAUUUCUAUGAUUGUGUUGCACCAUAUGCUUGUAAGAAGUCGAUAAAAUGAGACCAAAUCACUAAGAAUUGGUCUACUUUAUCUGCUAGGUUGAGUCGCAUUUCUUCAAGAUAUGCCGUUUCCGACAUAUUUGAAAUCCACAUUUUGAGCGUUGGUGUUGGCGCAUUUUUCCAAAAUUUAAGUAUGUUUUUUUGCCGUUAUUAAACCAUAAUUAAGGAGAGAUUUUGAAACGUAUUUAGCUUAUUCCCAUCUUCCAUUGAUCCAAAGAUAAUCAUUUUUGUA